AGAAGCUGUUCAAAAUGUCCUCCAUUAUUGGUUAUGCACAUUAUUGUUCUUAAAACAAUGUGUCGUGUUGAGCAGCAGGCCAUAUCCUCGACUUUUUGCUUCAUCGUGUCCCAGAAAAAAAUAAUCUAGGGGCGUUAAAUCGGGUGAUCGGGGUGGCCAAGCGUCAGUGCCUCCACGUCCUAUCCAUGGAGAAUGUUGCCUAUCCAAAUGUUCUAGCGCAAAAGCGUGUGGGAGCUCCAACCAUAUGUUGCAGCGGUUAAUAAGUGGCGUAGAUCUGAAAACUCGGUACACAAGAAGUCCAAAAAUCCCUGGCCAUCUAACCUUGGAGGUAGCUCAACGGGGCAGACUAAAACUCCAUCCAUCAUUCGGGCCCACAUGUUUACAUCAAAUUCCUGUUGGAAAGUGCUCAGUCGAACUGCGUGAGCGGCUUCCAAAGACCACAAGCGGUCGUUUCUAUGGUUUAUGAUCCCCUGCCUCGUAAACUUUGCUUCGUCCGUC